AUGGACAUCGACCCAGCUAGGCGCAACAAGAAGCCUCGUCUCCUCUUGGAGACGGAGCGCGAGAAGCUCGACGAAUUUAUUGACUCUAUUCACUACUCAGCAAGAUACAACGACGACCAAUUUGAAUACCGCCAUGUGCAGCUCCCAAAGAAUAUGCUCAAAAAGAUCCCCACGGACUACUUCGACAGCUCUAAGGGGACUCUGAAAUUGCUUUGGGAGGAGGAAUGGCGAGCUCUGGGUAUUACACAAAGUUUGGGCUGGGAGCAUUACGAGGUGCAUGAACCUGAACCUCAUAUCUUAUUGUUCAAGUCGGUCAUCUGCAAACUACUCCCUUGGAUGUAUCACUAA